GCGCAUGCGUGAUGCACUUGUGGACUGUGAGGUGGUGGUUGGCGCGUGUCGGUGUGAAGAGCCGGGUCUGGCAUCACGAGUCUGACUCCUCUGCCUGGGACAGCUGUCGUGGGCCUGGGUGUGCCCCCGUGCCCUGUUACCCCUUCCGUCACCUGCCAGCGCCUGCGUUCGUGUCUGCGCGACCCCAGCGAGGUAAUCCCAGAUCUUUUUUCUUGACGAACCCAGGGGCUGAUGCAUCCCCCUUCCCCGCUGUGGUGCCAGACCCCUGCAUUCCAGGAUCCUUUCCCCGCUGCCAGGAAUGAGGGUCUCUCCUGCCUGUUGGCUCUUGGCCUUGCUCACUGCAGGAGAGGAUUCCCACUGGCCACGGGCAGCUGAGCAGCGUGCUGCCCACUAUGGCUGGCUGGUUUAGGCGGCUCCUGCACAAGCCCAAGCCCAGCUCAGUGGAGAGCAGCCUCAACUCCAGCCACUCCGCUUCAUCCUCACCUUCCUCCUCCUCCUCCUCCUCUGCCAAGAGCUCCAGCUCCUCGGCCACCAGCUCCAUCCCACUGUCACCCGUGCCGGUGCCGGACAUCAGCGCCUCGGACAGCCCCCGGUGGGGCAAGAGCUACGACGUGUGCGUGUGCCACAGCGAGGAGGACCUGGAGCUGGUGGAGGAGCUGGUGUCCUACCUGGAGGGGCAGCCCGAGAGCCUGCGCUGCUUCCUGCAGCUGCGGGACGCGGUGGCGGGCAGCGCGCUGGGCACGGAGCUGUGCGACGCCGUGAGGGGCAGCCACUGCUGGGUCCUGCUCAUCACCCCCGCCUUCCUGAGGGACCCCUGGUGCCAGUUCCAGAUGCACCAGGCGCUGGCCGAGGCCCCCAUGGCCAACGGGCGCACCAUCCCGGUGCUGAGGGGCGUGGAUCGCAGGGAGUACCCCAAGGAGCUGCGGAACAUCUACUACAUCUCCAUGGCGCUGAAGGAGAACAGCUUCAGGCAGAUCAGGGACACCGUCCUGCACUACCUUCAGGAGCUGUGCCGGAGCUCCACGAGUGGGAUGGAGUAGUGCUGGGAGCAGGCUGAUGCAUCCCCAUGGAUAUCACGGUCUGGAUGCAGCCACGUCCCGAUGGACCCACCACACUGAGCCACUCUGAGCAGACCUGGGAAGCAAGAACGGGAUGUUCCUCACCUCCGUGGGGGACAGUGGUGUGACCUCCAUCCAGUGGCUGAAACCCCCUGGUGGGGACAGGGACAGGGACAUCCAUCAUGCAAACACUAAGCUCUGACAUCGGGUGGGUCUGGGGAUCUCCAGAGCUCCUUGUGGCGCUGGUGUUCCCUGUCCUGAGGGGCUCUGACACCCCCGGGACCCCCGCUGGGCUGACAUGGCGCCCGCUGGGCUGCAGGCAGGACAAGGCAGGGUAGACAUUGCACGGGAUCGUCGGGACUACGAAAAUGCAGAAGUUUUAAAUUUUU